AACACACAGUACCUUCUGACAUGCUUAUACACACAAAGAGACGAGUUGAGCAGCGAUGAGUCUAACAGCAGCAGUGCGUGGGUUUAUUCUCCUUCUUAUCUCUCUACAAGUGGUUCAGUGUAUGGAUGACUGGGGAGUGACUUUCUCUUCUACUGCGAUCUGUGCAGUAAAAGGAUCAACAGUGGAGAUAAGAUGCAGCUUCACAUACCCGUCCAGAUGGAAAGACGUUGUUAACACAGUAGGAAAAACAUUCUGGUUCACUAAAUGGAAAGGUGGUGAACCUGUAGAUCUGACCACAGACUCAGAGUACGCAGGUCGUUUAGAGGAUCUCUGUGAAAACAACAUCUGCACUCUGAGAAUCAGAAACCUGAGAGAGAGCGACUCAGCUGAGUACAAGUUCAGGAUCGAAACAAACCAAGACGUUUAUGCUAGUGAACCAGUCACUCUGUCUGUCACAGGUCUCCAGGUGACAGUGACCAAAACCAGUUCCUGCACAGGAAGCUGUAUAUAUGCAACACUGAAGUGUCUCAGCAGUUGUCCUCCAACUUCUGGUCCUCCCUAUAUCUGGUACAGGAAUGGACUGAAAUUGACAGAAGUGGGAGAACAUUUGUAUUACUAUUUCUAUCCUGAAGAAAGCUAUGCCUGUGCUGUUAAAGGAUAUGAGAAUUCCCCCUCUCCUUCAGUGUGUGUUAAUGGUCAAGACUGCAAUACAGUGGCUUACAGUGAAAGAAGCAUCUGUGCCUUCAAAGGAUCCUCAGUGGACAUUUCCUGCACGUACAGCAGUAAUGCAUAUGUUCAAUCUACAUUCUGGUUCAGUCCUGAGCGUAGAGAUCAGGACCUUAGUACAGACUCCCAGUAUGCAGGUCGUGUUCAGAUCCUUGAAACAGAGAGAGGACGCUCCACUCUGAGGAUCUCUGACCUGAGAGACUCAGAUUCAGCUCAGUAUCGCUUCAAAUUCAAAACACCAAGCUUUGAAUGGAGGAGUGAUUUACCUGGUACCACUCUGACUGUCACAGCUCUGCAGGUGCAGGUGAUCACAGCAACAGUCCAGCAGUCUGAUACCUUAGCAGAGCUGAAGUGUCACAGCAGCUGCAGUCCAGCUGGUGGUGUUUCCUACGUCUGGUUCAAGAACGGAGAGAAAAUCCACACAACAUCGAUAUCUUCUUAUAAAGGCUUGCUUCCCCACGCAGACAGGAUCUCAUGUGCUUUUGAAGGACAUGAAGGCUUCCCCUCUCCUGCAGUGUUGUUUCAGGGUCUGGAUGGCUGGGGAGUGACUUACUCUUCUACUGAGAUCUGUGCAGUGAAAGGAUCAACAGUGGAGAUAAGAUGCAGCUUCACAUACUCGUCUACAUGGAGAGGCAGAGUUAACACAGUUAAGAAAACAUUCUGGUUUAUACAGAAAGGUGGUGAACCUGUAGAUCUGACCACAGACUCAGAGUACGCAGGUCGUGUAGAGUAUCGCUGUGGAAACAACAUCUGCACUCUGAGAAUCAGAAACCUGAGAGAGAGCGACUCAGCUGAGUACAGGUUCAGGUUAAAAACAAGCCAAGCAGGAGGAGAAUAUAGUGGUUCACCUGGAGUCACUUUGUCUCUCACAGAUCUCUCGGUGCAGGUGGAACGCAAAUAUUCUAGCAGAGCAAACCUGAAGUGUCAGAGCAGUUGUGAUGUACCUGAUAAUGAUUACGUCUGGUACAAGAACGGACGAAGCACUCUGUCAGGAACUUCUUCUCUUCAAGUCGACUUUAAUUAUCAAGACAGCUAUUCCUGUGCCUUGAAAGGAUUUGAGGACUCUCCCUCCCCUUCAGUGUGUGUCACUGGUCGAGACAGCAACACGGUGACUUCCAUUAAAGGAAGUAUCUGUGCCCCCGAAGGAUCAUCAGUGGACAUUUCCUGCACGUACAGCAGUAAUGACUGUAUUACAUCAAAGUUCUGGUUCAGUCCUGAGCGUAGUCAUCAGGGACAGAAUCCCUCUCAACCUGAGGACCUCAGUGAAGACUCCCAGUAUGCAGGUCGUGUUCAGAUCCUUGAGACAGAGAGAGGACGCUCCACUCUGAGGAUCUCUGACCUGAGAGACUCAGAUUCAGCUCAGUAUCUCUUCAAAUUCAAAACACCAAGCUUUGAAUGGAGGAGUGAUUUACCUGGUACCACUCUGACUGUCACAGCUCUGCAGGUGCAGGUGAUCACAGCAACAAUCCAGCAGUCUGAUACCUUAGCAGAGCUGAAGUGUCACAGCAGCUGCAGUCCAGCUGGUGGUGUUUCCUACGUCUGGUUCAAGAACGGAGAGAAAAUCCACACAACAACGAGAUCUUCUUAUAAAGGCUUGUUUCACCACGCAGACAGGAUCUCAUGUGCUUUUGAAGGACAUGAAGACUUCCCCUCUCCUACAGUGUACUCUCCAAAGCUCCCGUCUGUGUCAGUGAGUCCCUCUGCUGAGAUAGAGGAGGGCAGUUCAGUGACUCUGACUUGUAGCAGUGAUGCUAACCCAGCAGCUAACUACACCUGGUACAAGAGGAAUAUAAAAGAAUAUCUUCCUCUUUUCAAAAAAGAACCAAAGCUUGUCUUCAGCUCCAUUAAUUCCUCUGACUCUGGACAGUACUGCUGUACAGCUGGGAACAAGCUGGGGACGAAGGCAUCUAAAGACAUCUCUAUUGAUGUGAAUUAUGCUCCAAAGACUUCCUCUGUGUCAGCGAGUCCCUCUGCUAAAAUAGAGAUUGGCAAAUCAUUGCAGCUGACCUGUAAAGGUGGCGCUAAUCCAGCAGCUAACUACACCUGGUACAAGGACAACCAAACACUGCCUUGGGGGUCAAAAGACAUUCAUCAACUCGCCUCUAUCACCUUAGAGGACAAAGGGAACUACCACUGUGAGUCUAAGAAUAAGUACGGCCAGAUCAACUCUACAUCAGUACACAUAGAUGUCCAAUAUGCUCCAAAGCUUCCCUCUGUGUCAGUGAGUCCCUCUGCUGAGAUAGAGGAGGGCAGUUCAGUGACUCUGACCUGUAGCAGUGAUGCUAACCCAGCAGCUAACUACACCUGGUACAAGAGGAAUGAAGACUCUCCAAAAGCUUCAGGACAGAUCUUCACCAUCACUGACUUCAGAGCUGAACACAGUGGGAGUUAUUACUGUGUAACCCAGAACAAAAUAGGACGUCUUAACUCUACCUUACAUCUGUCUGUUGUGGCAGGUUCAAUGAAAUCAGUCGCUGCUGGAUCAAUAACUGCUGUUAUUGUGGGUAUCAUAUUCCUCAUUGCCUUUCUGUUGAUUAGAAGAAAGAGGUCCUCGAAACCAACCACGGAAGCUGGAGAGAGACCAGACAACGACGCUCAGCAGGUACGCAUGUAUGACCGCCCUUCAGCUGAAGUACAGAAUGCAACACCAGAGCCGGAGGCCGAGGUUUGCUAUGCCAGCGUGAGAUUCAUUCAAAACCAGGAAGAUGCUCUCUACUCCAACAUCAAGCCCGCUCAUCUCCGCAGACACAAGAAGGACGAGAAGGACAAGGAGGAAGAUGUUGACCACUCUACUGUCACAUUUAAAGGUCACAGUGCUACUGCAGAAUCAGAGCGUCAUGAGGCUGCGGACGAUCCAUCUGCAUUGUACAGCGUAGUCAACAAAAAACCAAGAGUAUUGACAUAACAUCUGUGUUCUCUUCAACAGUGCUCAAACUGUUUAAACAUACAUAUAAAUAUAAGGUCUGCUGGAUUUCUAGUAUCAUGUAGCUAACGUAUGCUGAAGCUUGUAAUUUAUAAAUUCCAAGACAGAAAACUAUUUUGAAGCUUCUCAAAGUAGCCCACAUUUCUCUAUGUACAAUAUAUAUUUACCAUCAUCUUUUUCUGCUCUGAUGUUCAGUUUAAUUGCCUUUUUAUUGUUUUACAUGUUGAUCAUUUUCAUUUUAUUCAUAUUUAACUUCUGCUUCAUUAUCAUCAUAAGUUAGUGUUUUGUUAAAAAAGAAAUUGUAAUUUGUAAAACUGAUUUGAUGUCACUGAUGUGUAUUGUUUGUA